GCAGCAUCUUCUUCAGACCCUUGAUCCUCAUUCCUGGGGUCAUCCUGCUCCCUCGGCUCCGUAUAAUUGCCUCCUCUCACCCACCAACCCAGGAACUUUCUCCGCCCGCACCCGGGAGUGGGGGUUGCUUUGCCCGGGCGGGUUUCUCCAGGGGUUCACUGGGUUGGGGGGCUGUCUCUAAGGGCUUCAGGUCCCGGAAAGACGCCUACCACCGUUAGCCUGCUUCCAGGUGGGCUGCCGUCGGGUCUCGGCACCCUCUCUUCCCGUCUUCCCUAACCAUGACCGAAAUGAGCGAGAAGGAGAACGAACCGGAUGACGCGGCCACUCACACCCCCCCGGGGACCGUCUCUGCCCUCCAAGAAACCAAGGCUGCUGCUGGCCAAGGAGAGACCCUCGGGAGCCAGCCCCCUCCAGGCUCACCAUCCCUCUUCCUCUCUCAGCUCCAGCGGUUCAAGCGCUCUCUUUCUCUCAAGACCAUCCUCCGAAGGUUUGCGGUGUAAGACAUGCAAAGUCAGCGUCCACCUCUGGUGCUCCGAGGAGAUCUCCCGCCAGCAAUGCCCAAGCAAGACGUCUUCCUCCUUCCGCCGCAACUUCAGCUCCCCACUCCUGGUACAUGAGCCUCCACCAGUCUGUUCCAUGAGCAAGGAGUCCCCACCCACUGGGGCCAGUGGGAAGGUAGACCCCGUGUAUGAGACCCUGCGCUAUGGCACCUCCCUGGCCCUGAUGAACCGCUCCAGCUUCAGCAGCACCUCUGAGUCCCCGACAAGGAGCCUGAGCGAGCGGGAUGAGCUCACCGAGGAUGGGGAGGGGAGCAUCCGCAGCUCAGAGGAGGGCCCUGGCGACAGCGUAUUCACAGCCCCAGCCGAGAGCGAAGGGUCAGGACCGGAGGAGAAGAGCCCAGGACAACAGCCCCCCAGACCUCCCCUCCGGAAGGAUGUGGGGCCCAUGUACUCCUACGUGGCGCUCUACAAGUUUCUGCCCCAGGAAAACAAUGAUCUGGCUUUGCAGCCUGGAGACCGGAUCAUGCUGGUGGAUGACUCUAACGAGGACUGGUGGAAGGGCAAGAUCGGCGACCGGGUUGGCUUCUUCCCAGCCAAUUUUGUGCAGCGGGUGAGGCCAGGCGAGAACGUUUGGCGCUGCUGCCAACCCUUCUCUGGGAACAAGGAGCAAGGCUACAUGAGCCUCAAGGAGAACCAGAUCUGUGUGGGCGUGGCCAGGAGCAAAGAUGCUGACGGCUUCAUCCGCGUCAGCAGUGGCAAGAAGCGGGGCCUGGUUCCAGCCGAUGCCCUGACCGAGAUCUGAGAGGAGCCAAGAAAACCCAGAAGCCACCCCUGCCCGUGCCCAGCCCUCCUCGCUUCUGGCCCCCCGGGGGGGAGGUUCCCUCUGCUCCUCUCCUAGGGGCCACUCACCAUGGCUUGGGAGCCUUCUGUACUAAGAAAGGUGUUAUUUCUGGGGUCUUGGGUUGCCCUGAAGAGGUUGCAGCUCUGAGACUUGGGCGUGGGGAGGAGAAAGUGGGAGGGAAUGACAAAACUCCAGGUGGGUCCCCCUGGUCCAGUUGCCAUGCAGAGUCCAGCCCUAAGAGGAAGUUCCUGAGGAAUGUCGGGGCUGCCUCUUCCAGAGAGCCUGCCCCUGCCCACCGCACCUUUGCAUGCCUGACACCCCCCCGCCCCCCUUCUCACAGAGCCUCUGCUUGGGCCCUUGUGUGUGUGACCCUGCAGCUGCCACUUUGGGAGUGGGGCCCUCCCGGGUCCCUCAGCCCCAGCUCUGGGUGGGGAAGGAGCUCAGGGCUGCCAGAGGGCCCUGGUCUCAUCACCUCUGUCACUCCAUCAACUCUCAGGAAAGUCCUGCGGCUCUCUCUCCUGUUACCUGAAACUUGGGUGGACAGAGGAGGGGAGGGCUGAGGUCUCGGGAGCACGUGGCAAAUCAGAGUCUGUCCCUCGAGUAGGACAGUCCCCACGGAGCAACCUCACUCUACCCUUGUUCACUGGGAGAGGACACACCCAAGAGUGGCCUGCACACAGAAUCCCACCUGGCCCACACCUGAUCAAAACAAUCCCCAUUUCACUGUCAGGACUCUGAACGCUCAGUUCCUGUCCCAGGCCUUGCCAGGCCUGCCCCAGGAACCCCACCCUCAGGACUGACCCUGCAAUAGCCCUCCCUUACCCCCUCUCUUGGGGCUCUGUGGGGGACAGGGCUGCUGUUGCAGGGGGCCCUUUUUCUGGCUGCAUCUGGUCCCUUUUCCAGGACACAGAGCCCUGGGAGGAAGCGGGAGUGGGAGACAGACAAUGAAUUCUGUUUGACCACCAGAAAGGGAAGGGGGUAGGCACGCUAGGGGAGGGGGUGUGUGGGGACACGCAAAGAGGACCCCUCCCUUGCAGGUUGCUUUUCUCUGGUGCCAACCUCCCUUCCCGCCCCCGCCCCCCAAGCUCAGAGCCGCCUCUUGUGCCCUUGAUCGUGCCAGCCAAUGCCACCCCCAUCCUGGGCACAGUCACACCCUCCCAUGUGGUGGGAGGGACACAUCCUCCUACCCACUGGCCCCUGCCCUACCUCUCCCUCUAAGAGGGGGGAGGAACUCAAGCCACACUGCCCUGUUUGCUGCCAUGAGGCCCCCCCCCAGCAAUAUCCCAGGGGCGGGCCCAAUGCCCACUGUACAUGAGGCUGCAUGAGGAGUCUGCUGGGGCAUUGCUGAGCCCCCAGACCCCUAAUUAAAUGUUUCUUGUCCCAA